AUGUCAACCUUCACACAUCUCGUCCGCUUUUUGGCCAAGGAUGGCAAAAUAUAUUACGGUGAUGCUAUUCUCCCGUCUGGAGUGAACGACAUCGCCAAAGCUACCAAGGCGAGAGUCAUCCAAGGUGACAUCUUCGGCCAGUACCGGGUUACCGAACAGGUCGCAGAUGUGAAAUUGCUCCUCGCACCCUUAGCCCGGGAGGAUAUUGGAACGGUCCGUUGCUUGGGGCUCAACUAUGAACAGCAUGCAAAGGAGUCAAACCUUCCAAUCCCCAAGUACCCGGUGUUGUUUUACAAGCCUAUCACCUCCAUUUCUGGUCCUACAGAUGAUAUUCCGGUGGCCCAGAUUGCCCAAGAAGGCGAGGGCUUGGAUUACGAAUGUGAACUAGUCAUUGUCAUCGGAAAAGAGGCCAAUGAUGUCCCCGAGAGCCAGGCCUUGGAUUACAUUCUGGGCUAUGCUGUCGGUAACGAUGUUUCGCACCGCGACUGGCAGAUCAAGCGGGGUGGAGGUCAGUGGGGAUUGGGCAAAGGCUUCGAUGGAUGGGCGCCAUUCGGCCCCGGCAUCGUUUCUUCCACUGUGAUUAAGGACCCCAAUUCUUUGCAAAUUUCGACCAAGUUGAACGGCCAGACCGUCCAGUCUUCCUCCACGAAGGAUAUGAUCUUCCAUGUGGCUAAGACGGUAUCCUUCCUGUCUCAAGGAACUACACUUCUGCCUGGAGAUUUAAUUUUCACUGGAACACCUCAAGGUGUGGGAAUGGGCCGCAAGCCGCCCGUGUGGCUGAAGGAUGGCGAUCAAGUAGAAGUAUCGCUGGAGGGCGUGGGAUCGUGUGUCAACCGGGUGGUCUUUGACAAGCCUAGCUCUAAGCUUUAA